AAAAAUAGUACAGAUAAGUCAAAAUGAAAGGUAUAUUGUUUGCCUUGGUGGCAAGUGUGUGCCUGGGAUGGGCGUUUUGCAUCCCUGGUUUAGUUGUAAGAGGUAUUCGUAGUGCAAAAGAGAUUCAAAAUGAUCAGAAAGCACAAAGCGAAGAUCCGAUUAUUUCGGAAUUCAACAUACAUUCCAACAUCUCUAAUAGAUUUGCCAAGACAUUGGUUACCAGUAAAGUUAAAAAUUCAGAAAAAAAUCCAAAAGAAGCGACUUUUACCGUGGUUCUACCAGAAAAAGCAUUUAUUUCCAAAUUUGUAAUGGAAAUAGGCGGCAAGAGCUACGAGGCUUAUGUUAAAGAAAAAGAAGAAGCUAAAAAUAUCUACGAUUCGGCUGUUCGACAAGGUAUAAGUGCUGGCCACGUUUCGGUUAGUGCUAGAGACUCUAACAGAUUCACAGUGUCCAUUAACGUUGAACCAGAGAGUAAAGCUACUUUCCAUCUUACCUACGAAGAACUUUUGGAAAGAAAAAAUAACCAAUACGAGCUCGUACUGAACAUACACCCUGGCCAAGUAGUUAAAGAUAUGAAUAUCGAGGUCUUUGUGAACGAAAGCCGUCCUCUGAAAUUUGUAAAAACUCCUUCGCUGAGGUCGGGAAACGAAAUUAGCAAAAACGACGCCAACCUUGACCCAUCCGCAGACAUCAAAAUAAUCAACUCUACCAGUGCUGUCGUCAAAUUCAAUCCCAACGUCGACAAACAGAGAGAGUUUGCGAAAGAACUGGGGCAGAAAGAAAAUGAAGGUAUAGCUGGGCAAUUUGUUGUACAGUAUGAUGUAGAUAGAGAUGCUCAAAAGGGAGAGAUUCUUCUCAAAGACGGAUACUUCGUACAUUUCUUUGCUCCCGAGGACGUCGACCCUCUUCCAAAACACGUCGUUUUCAUCUUGGACACCAGCGGAAGUAUGUACGGAAGAAAGCUCAGACAAGUGAAGGAAGCCAUGGGUAGUAUUUUAGAUCAGCUCAAAGACACAGACACCUUCCAUAUAGUGGAAUUUAAUAGUGAUAUCUUUGUUUGGAACAUCGAUUCAGAAUCAAAAUCUACUUUGAGGGUUCACAAUGAAAGAGAGCCUUUUGAAGAACUUUUUAAACUAGAAUUGCCAAACGCCGUACCAGCUACCAAAGAAGCAAUUGCUAAAGGAAAAGCAGUAAUAGAUAAGCUUCAAGACACUGGAUUAACCAACAUGUUGGGCAGUAUUGAAACUGGUUUACAUUUAGUCCACAAAGAACUAAGGGCUGGGUCAAAACGACAACCACUAAUUAUCUUUUUGACAGACGGAGACCCGACCAUGGGAAUUACUAAUACUGAAGAAAUUACCAAGAUUGUAACUAAAAUCAACGGCGACAAAGACCACGUACCAAUCUUCUCUCUAUCAUUUGGAGACGGCGCAGACAAAAACUUCUUAAGAAAACUAUCAUUGAAGAACCUAGGAUUCGCUAGACACAUUUACGAAGGAGCUGACGCUGCUAUUCAACUUCAAGAGUUUUACAGGCAAAUAUCUUCUCCACUUUUGUCAAACAUCGAAUUUGAGUACACUGAUGACGUCACUGAAGUGUCCAAAAAGACGUUCCCUAUUUACUUUAGAGGAUCAGAGUUGGUAGUUACUGGAAGGUAUCCAAUCGAUGAAGGAUUUGACAUCUCGAAUUGGAGAGUAAAGAGUCAUAGUAGACACGGUCUCAUCUCAUUACCACCAGUAAGGGAAGCUCCAGUAGGCGAAUUGGAACGAUUGUGGGCCUAUUUGACCAUCAAGCAAAAACUGGAGCAACGAGAGUUAGCAGAUAAUAAGACACAGUUAACCAAGGAAGCUCUGGAUCUGGCGCUGAAAUAUUCCUUUGUUACUGAUGUUAGUUCCUUGGUAGUUGUCAAACCGAAUCAAACCAGUGCUGUUGACACUGAAGAUGCUUCAAAACCAAAAUAUGCUGGGUUUUCAAGAACGUUCAGUAGUCCACACCAAUCGAUGUCAGUUUCAUAUGCUAUGCCUGGUCUGCCAGGACCUCCAGCACCUCUUGGUCCACGUUCAUAUUUUGAUCCUCAGCCAAGGUAUGGAGCCUCAGCAUACGUGCCUCUUGGACUAUCAGGUCAAAGAGGAAGUUACGGCAGCUUUGCUAAAGCAGCUGCCUUUAGUCCUAAUAUAAAUGGCAGAUUCUUAGUUCGAUCUGGAGGACCAAAUCAUGCAUGGAGGCCCACAUGGGGAGACACAGGAAUAAUUGGAAACCCUACAUCUACACCUCCAACAACUACCGUAAAACCUGCAAUAAAAGAUCUACUUCCCUGGUUGAAAAAUAUCAUCAAUCAAAAUGGAACUUUAAGUAUUUUAGGAGGAGCAUAUGAUUUGGGCGAGGGCCAAUUUGUCCUUUCUAACGGAGAAUGUACGAAGACACCCAAUAAGAAUGUCCUUAAAGGAACUUGCAGUUUACUGUCAAACUGUCCACAUGUCCAUUCAUAUCUGACAGAUUUCUUGACCUACGAACAAUUUGCUUGCAUCCUUGAUAACAAAUAUGCCGGAGUUUGCUGCCCAGAGGUAGUGCCAAUGCCCUAAUGACGAGUUUUAUAGUGUUAUAGAAUAUUUACAAAAUAAAUAAAGCGUUUUUAAUACGA